AUGGCGGCGGCGGCGGAGUCUCUGUCCGUGUCCGGUUCCGGUUCCUUGGACCUCCGCGCGGCGGCGCCGUUCCUGGUGGCCGCGGUAGCCUUCUACUUCCUGGUGGAGCAGCUGUCCUACCACCGGAAGAAGGGGCCGCUGCCCGGCCCGCCGCUCGUCGUGCCGUUCCUCGGCAGCGUGGCGCACAUGAUCCGCGACCCGACGGGGUUCUGGGACGCGCAGGCGGCGCGCGCCAAGCGGUCCGGCGUGGGGCUUGCCGCCGACUUCCUGGUGGGGCGGUUCGUGGUGUUCAUCCGCGACACGGAGCUGUCCCACCGCGUGUUCGCCAACGUCCGCCCCGACGCGUUCCACCUCAUCGGCCACCCCUUCGGCAAGAAGCUGUUCGGCGACCACAACCUCAUCUACAUGUUCGGCGAGGACCACAAGGACCUGCGGCGCCGGAUCGCGCCCAACUUCACCCCGCGCGCGCUGUCCACCUACGCCGCGCUCCAGCAGCGCGUCAUCCUGGCGCACCUCCGCCGGUGGCUCGACCGGAGCGAGGGCGAGGGCGAGGGCAGGGGCAGGGCGUUCCCCUUCCGCGUGCCCUGCCGCGAUAUGAACCUGGAGACCUCGCAGACGGUGUUCGUGGGGCCGUACCUGACCGGGGAGGCCCGGCGGCGGUUCAAGCGGGACUACAACCUCUUCAACGUCGGGCUCAUGGCGCUGCCCGUGGACCUCCCCGGCUUCGCGUUCCGGCGCGCGAGGCAGGGCGUGGCGCGGCUGGUGCGCACGCUGGGCGAGUGCGCGCGGCAGAGCAAGGCGCGGAUGCGCGCUGGCGGCGAGCCCGAGUGCCUGGUGGACUUCUGGAUGCAGGACACGCUGCGCGAGAUCGACGAGGCGGCGGCGGCGGGGCGCCCUCCGCCCGCGCACACCGACGACGAGGAGAUCGGCGGGUUCAUGUUCGAUUUCCUGUUCGCGGCGCAGGACGCGUCCACCUCGUCCCUCUGCUGGGCGGUGUCGGCGCUGGACUCCCACCCGGAGGUUCUCGCCCGCGUGCGCGCCGAGGUGUCGGCAGCCUGGUCCCCGGACUCCGGCGAGCCGAUGACGGCGGAGACGAUCCAGGGGAUGCGGUACACCCAGGCGGUGGCGCGGGAGGUGAUCCGUCACCGCCCGCCGGCCACGAUGGUGCCGCACAUCGCGGGGGAGCCGUUCCAGCUGACGGAGUGGUACACGGUGCCCAAGGGCGCCAUCGUGUUCCCAUCCGUGUACGAGUCGUCGUUCCAGGGGUUCCCGGAGGCGGAGGCGUUCGACCCGGAGCGCUUCUUCUCGGAGAGCCGGCGGGAGGACGUGGCGUACAAGCGCAACUUCCUGGCCUUCGGCGCUGGGCCACACCAGUGCGUCGGGCAGCGGUACGCGCUGAACCACCUCGUCCUGUUCAUGGCGCUGUUCGUGUCGGUGGUGGACUUCCGGCGGGACAGGACGCCCGGGUGCGACGACCCGGUGUACAUGCCCACCAUCGUGCCCAAGGACGGCUGCGCCGUGUACCUCAAGCAGCGAUGCGCCAAGUUCCCAUCUUUCUGA